AUGUCUCUAUAUUAUUUUGUAAUAAAUGAUUUUACACCAAAUCAAGAUUAUUAUAAUUGCUCAGAUUUGGCAGCAAUUCAAGGAACUCGAACGCAUCGAAAUAUUCUUGGGUGGUAUUUCAUUGUUUCUGGCGCGAUAUUCGUGAUUCUUAUCAUUUUAUGUUUGAUUGUUGGGUUGAAAAGUGAGCUUAUCAAAACAUCUUGCUAUAAACUUAUGUUUUUCUCCUCAUUUUUUGAUAUUAUCCAAAUUGUUGUCGGAUCUUUUGCAUCUGGUUUCUAUGCGAUUCAGUCGGCUAAUUUUUGCGAUUACCCAAUAUCAAUGUUUCUCCUCGGUUCCCUUGGCUGUGGUGCCUGGUUGGGUGGAUGUAUAUCUUGUGUUAUUCUGGCAAUCAACAGAUGUUGUGAUCUCAAUCCGAACUUGAAGUUAGGCUGUGUAUUUUCAAACAACAAAAUUUAUUUUUCAUUUUUGCUUAUUAUAAGUUAUGCAAGUUAUGGUUUUCUAUUCACCAAACCUCCACUCUUCAGAUCUGAUUUUAUGUCAUGGUUCUUUGAUCCAAGAAUAAAUAACAAUCCAAAGCUAUACAUCAACGUCUUACACACUACAAAUAACUUUUUGGUAUCAAUUUUCACGACAAGCACAUAUAUUUAUCUGUGUAUUUUGAUAAAUAAGAAAUCCAGGUUUUCUCAAUCAAUGGAGAUAUAUAGAACUCAGCGCCAAGUUUAUCUUCAAUCCGCAAUUAUAUGUUCCUUGAACACGUCAUCUGCGUAUAUUCACGUUUUGAUGCAAUAUUUCUACUUUCCCCCAAGUGUUAUAAUAUUUGGACAACUUGCUUGGCAAUUGAGCAAUGGUAGGGCUUUUUUCAGAGUUAAAAAAAACUUUGAAUAUUUCAGGUUCAGUAUCAAUCGUCUAUCUCACAAUGAAUGGAACAAUUCAAAAAGGUGUCUACAAAAUGUUGGUCCCUAAAAAAUUCCGAACAGUAUCAAGAGUUUAUAACAUUCCUACCAUUGGGAAUAAUGUUAUCAAUAGACCAGCGGUUAAUCGUGUUGUUUUGAUAUAAAUUUUUUCAAUGAACUUAUAUUACUGUAAUUUAAGUAUCCAGCCUGAAAAGAGAGAACCGAAAACUAAAAAAAUUAAAAAAAAAAAAAAAAAGCCAGGGCAACAGUCCAAGCAACCGUUUCAACCAAGCCAACUUCUCAAGCUCGCCGAGUCACAAGUUCAAAUGGGACCGUAUUCUGAUCCAGUUUUGUUUAAAAAUAGCCUCCCAUGAGAGUUAUUUUUUUUAUUUGAAAAAUAUAGAAUUCAUUCUGUCGAAAAUAAAAAACAAAAAUGUCUGAUUUUGAAAUGUCUCUUUUCAAUUUUCUCAUAAAUGAUUUCACACCAAAUCAAGAAUUCUAUAAUUGCUCAGAUUUAGCAGCGAUUCAAGGCACGAGAAGCAGCCAAACUAUUCUUGGGUGGUACUCUAUUAUCACCGGAUCAAUAUUUAUUGCCCCUUUUAUUCUGUGCAUGAUCGUUGGGCUCACCAGUGAGCUAUGCAGAGUUUCCUGUUAUAAAAUCAUGUUUUGCGCAUCAUUUUUUGAUAUUCUCCAACUUUUCGCAGAUUCCAUAGCUACAGGAUUCUACGGAAUCAAGGGUGCUAAUUUCUGCGAUUUCCCCAGAUCAAUGUUUAUAAUUGGCGCGUUAGGCUGCGGUUCCUGGUUUGGAGGUUGUUUAUCUUGUGUCACCCUAGCAAUCAAUAGAUGUUGCGAUUUUAAUCCAAAAUUGAAGCUAGGCUGGAUUUUUCAAGAAAAGCGGAUAUAUUUUAUUUUCUUUUUAAUCAUCAGUUACGCCACCUACGGUUCCUUGUUCAUCAAACCUCCAUUAUUCCAAUCCGAUCAUUUCUCCUGGUUUUUCAAUCCUCAAAUCAAUAACAAUCCAGAAUUAUACAAGAAUCUGAUGCAUACCGUGAAUAACUGUUCGGUGUCAAUAAUCACCACAAGUACCUAUAUUUAUCUAUGCGUUUUAAUCAAUAAAAAAUCCAGACAUUCCUCAUCUCGAUUUAUAAAUAGAACCCAGAGACAAGUAUUCUUCCAAUCCGUAAUUAUUUGCUCAUUUAACGCGUUGGCUGCGUACAUCUACGUCUACAUGCAAUAUUUCUACUCUCCACCAGUUGUUAUAAUAUUUGGUCAACUUGCUUGGCAAUUCAGCAAUGGUAGAUUUCACAGUUUUUUUUCGGAGUUAAAAAAACCUUGAAAGUUUCAGGUUCUGUCUCAAUUGUCUAUCUCACAAUGAAUGGAACAAUUCAGAAAGGUGUCUAUAGGAUGCUAACUCCAAAGAAAUUCCAAACAGGAUCAGAAGUUUAUAACAUUCCUACGACUGGGAAUAAUAUUUUUGUUAUCAAUAGACCAGCAGUUAACGUGUUGUUUUGAUAUAAAUUUUUUCAUUGAACUUCAAAAUUUCCAAUUUCCUGGUUCACUAUUACUGUAAUUUAGGUAUCUAGCCUGAAAGGGGAACCGAGAACUAAAAAGUAAAAAAAAAAAUUGGAAAUGAUCUUUUCCAAAUCGUGUCGUGUUUUUAUUCGUGUUCACGUCACUUGAAAAAUAAAUUAUUUCUUUUUUUUCCGAAAAAAAAUGUAUUAGCAUUUCGGGAAAACGGUCAUUAGCCAAUUAAUCAUCACCUCUCUUUAUUCAUACACAAUUUAUAUAAAUCUUGCAUAAAAGACAAUCAAAAAUUGUCGAUAAAAUCUCUUUUUUCACGAUGUAUAACACCUAUAUAAAACAUUGUUUCAGUUGAAAAUGUUAAGCUACAUAAAUUAUAUGAACGAGAUAUGCUAAUUAUUAUUGGUCUCGCAAUUUUUGGUGAGUUAAAAACUUGGAUCGCUCAGAAAUUAGUUUUUUCUAAAAUUUCAGCCUCCACAUCUCUAGAAUCCACCACAUCUAUAGAAUCCACGGAAGCUUUAAAUCAAACAAUUCUUGAAGAUCUAAAAAUUCGCACCACAUCUAAAACCCAUGACACGUGUCAAAUUACUGCGAAAAACGACGUGACUACAGAAAAACUACCGGAUGAGAGAUUAUACGAAACCUGGAGAGAGCAGAGGAUAAUCGAUAACAUUAUUACGGUAACUGAAGGUGAGAUGCGAUUGGUGUCAGCUUUUGUGUAUUCGGAUCAUGCGGCAGUUGUGAUAAGUAUGUUUGGAAGAGAGAAUGUUAGGUGAGUUAUGACAAGGGAAGAUUAUCCCAGUGACUCCUCAAAUCUUCCAGUCGCCCCGUAAAAUGUCACUACUUUGAUUGUAAUCGGAAGCACAUCGCCAGCUACGAAUCUCGAAUUUUCCCAGUGGCCGCUGUCCGCUGCGUACGAAAAUUCGGCGCCGAAUUCAUUUCGAUUACUGUAGCUGGUGAGGAUUUGUCGGCGCGGGAGCCGAUUUUGUUGACAGAUCGAACUGCGAUCGAACCGCUGCAUGAGAUUGGAGUCUGCGUUGGGCAGAUUUAUGGGAAGGGGACGAGAUUUGUAGAUGUUGUGGAGACUGUGGAGCAUCAUAGAAUGAUUGUAAGUUUUUUGGAGAUAGGGGCUUACAGGUUUGAAAAUUUCCAGGGCGCCUCAUUCUUCUACCUCUCCAUUUUCGAGUCUGACGACCCGACAAAACUUGUAAUUUUGGACUACGAAAAGCUGGGCCUCAUGGAAGCCACGUGGAUAAACCUGGAAUUCAAGCAAAUCACCUAUCAAUUUCACUAUAUUCAAGUUGCUGUAAGUUUCAAAUUCUGAAAACUUUUCCUAAAAAUUUUCCUGAACUUAGGAUUGCUAUUUUCGCAGUCGAAUGCACUCGAAAUGGGUGAUCAACAUCGAUAUUGAUGAGAGGUUUUUGAUGAAAAAUCCAACAAAUCUACCAGGAUUUCUUGAGAAUCUACAAAAUGCUGAGCAAAUUGUUGGGUUGUCUUUUCCAGUUGCAAGAGUUCAAGUGGAGGAUUCUGGAACUUUAGGGAGAAGUGAAACAUUUUUUGAGAAAUAUCGGAAGAUGUCGCGUCCACUUUGGGAUAAUCAUAAGAGUAUUUAUCAACAUCAGUAUUCUCACGUGCCAUUUUAUCAUUGGUCAUAUCGGAUUACACCAGGGAAGAUGGUGAUGAGUUUGAAUAGUACUGUUGGAUAUUUCAGGUAAGCUAUAGAUCAAAUUUUUCUUAAACCACCUCAGCCCUAAUUAUGGUGCCCACAUAAUCUCCAAUUUUCCCAGGCAUUAUCGCUUAACCUCAUCUAAACAUAUUGGUUCAAAUUGGUUAACUCAUUACGCUCCUUUUUCUGAAAAUUCUCUGGACCCUGAAUUUCGGCGAAAUUUGAAAUUUCGAAUCUCCCGCAAAUUAUCCCACCUGUUCAACAAACAUUUCAUCAAAUGUGAUACGAUCCUGCCAUCUGCUUAUAAAAAAGAGGAUUUCAUCGGGCAAGGCUAUAAAUGUGUAUGA